AUGGAUCUUCCAGUUGUGGUUGAUUCGAACGACGAUGAAAUAGUCUCCCACGAACUAGAGCAAAUGAGGAGUAUAUUGGAAGAGGCGAUUUUGGAAACGCGCAGCACUCCUCUCGAAAAUCGACCGCGACUUCCUCGCAUACCCUUAAGCAAGCGAAAUCGGGCUGUCGUGAGGGCUCUUAACCCAAUGCUGGUGACCUAUUUGGAAGCCAGCCGGGACCUUUGCGAGACGGACUCGAUUCUCUUUGGCGCCGUAGUGGCAGUUUGCAGUAUUAUUGGCGCCAAACUUCCCAUGGCUGGACGCGCUACUACACAAAGUAACGCCAUCCCAGCCUGGAGGAAAAGAAUCGAGGACCGUAUCGCAAAGGCAAGGGCCCUUAUCGGCAGACUGACAAGCUUCAGGUCGGGUAAUAAUAGACCGAGGAUUAUGCGCACCGGUAGGAUGGCGUUUGCUGGGACAAAUAUCAGUUUGUUCCAGCCGGAUAUCACGCAGAAACUAACGGAGCGCAUAGACGACCUGAAGCAAAAGAUCGCUGCUUGGGGGAAGCGGAUUCGACGAUUUUCUGAGGGAUCAAGGCGGUUCAACCAGAAUCGUCUCUUCCAGAGUGAUCAAAAGAGGCUCUAUAAAUUAUUGGAGCGACCAAAGGUAUGUGGAGCGAGCCAAGGACCGAAUCAGGCUGACAUUAUCGCAUUAUGGCGUGGCCUGUGGUCAGAGCCCAUAAACCACAGCGAGGGCCCUUGGAUGGAAGUUGUGGCGAGCCAGGGUGCGAGUGUUACGCCUAUGGACCCAAUCACCAUAACGCCAGAAGACGUGGCUGAGGCGGUCCGUUGGGCCCCGAACUGGAAAAGUCCGGGGCUCGACGGGCUGCAUCAUUACUGGCUGAAGGGGUUCGUAGUGUGUCACGCUGUGCUCGCCCGACAGUUUCAAGAGGCUCUCCCGAGCCUCUUCACUACUGGGAUCACUCACUUGGUUCCUAAAGAUCAGGAUACCACAGAACUGAGCAAAUACCGCCCUAUCACGUACCGAGUUAGGUACAUCCUGCGCUCCAACAUAUUUGGUGACGCCGAACUCGAGCGACUACGACGUGAGGCUAUUCCUUCAUCGAAUGGAAAUGCUACGGCUGGGAAUGCGGCGCCACUAGAUGCGCAACAAACUGCAUAUGUGGAUGCUGCCGUCAACAUUCCAUUUGUGGCUAAUUCAGACGAUGAUGAAAUAGUCUCCCACGAACUAGAGAAAAUGAGGAGCAUAUUGGAAGAGUCGAUGCUGGAAACGCGCAGCAUGCCUCAUGAAAAUCGACCGGGACUUCCCCGCAUACCCCUUAGCAAGCGAAAUCGGGCUGUCGUGCGGGCUCUUAACCCAAUGCUGGUGACCUAUUUGGAAGCCAAACGGAACUUUGCGAGACGGAUUCAAUUCUUUUUGGCGCCGCACUGGCAGUAUGCCGUAUUAUUGGCGCCAAACUUCCCGUGGCUGGACGUCCCACUUAUAAAAGUAGCGCCAUCCCAGCCUGGAGAAAAAGAAUUGAGGACCGUAUCGCAAAGGCAAGGGCCCUUAUCGGCAGACUGA